CAACACUGGAGAUAAGAAAACAAUAUUUCUAAAGUUUGAAGGACGGUUUUUGUUUCUGCUCAUGAUGUUUGUUCAUUCUUUCUUCGUUCCCACACAGGCGAGGGGAAUAAGGAUAACACCAGCAGGUUUGGUGUACAGCAGAAGGGAAUACAUUAUUAUAGCUUAAGAUUUUGAAAAUGAAAUUCGAUUUUUAAAGUCUCAUAUUUCUACACUUCUGGUGGAUUUUCUUUCUCGUGUUUUUAGAAAUUAAAAGUCAAUAAUCAAUUUUGACAAUUGUUUCCCACAAAAAAGUUUGUGAGGGAAAAAACUUAUAUAGUAUAUCUUGAAGUAAAGGUGAUUUGGUAGUUUUUUUAGUUUUUUUUUUAGUUUUCUGAUGUAUCUUUGUUAUCUUUUGUGCCAUUUUGAGAUAAUUUUUAAUCCCUAGUUCUUAGUUGUGUUGGUUGUCCUUAUCUUUAAAGCUGUUAAUGCUGGUAUAUCAUCAGUACAAUAACUAACACUUACAUGAAUGUAAUUGAAAAGAAGUUUAAAGUCAAAUAAAAUUGAAUUAGUGAAGUAAAAUACCUCACUAUUUAAACAAUGAAUUAAGUAUGGAAUUUCUCCCUAUAAAUACAGAGAAGUAGAAGUCAUGAUAGCGCCUCCCUGUGGAAGGAUGGCCUCACAGCAUCUGGUCCAGUAGCAGCUCAGUCUUCAAACAAGCAGCAGAUCUCAGACUCUUCUCUCCUGUGAACGUUCGCUUUAGGUCUCAGAGACAUGGAAGGACGUGAGGAGGAGAGACGGUGUGGGAAAUGGAGGGUGGCCUGUGGUCUGUACAGCUACAACCUGAGGGAUGUCUUCACAUGGCAUCUCCUGAAGACCGUGCUCAUGGGCCAGGUCUUGUCUCUGCUGAUCUGUGGCACGGCGGUGAGCUGUCAGUACCUGGCCGACGCCGGCGUGGAGACGCCCAUGCUGCAGAGCUUCCUGAACUACGCCCUGCUGCUGCUCGUCUACACCACCAUCCUGCUCACACGCAAAGGUGAAAGGAACAUCGUACACAUUCUAAAAACCAAGUGGUGGAAGUAUUUUGUGAUGGGUCUGGCAGAUGUGGAGGCAAACUAUGCAGUUGUGAAGGCGUACCAGUACACCACGCUGACCAGUAUCCAGCUGCUGGACUGCUUUGUGAUCCCGGUGCUGAUGCUGCUCUCCUGGUUCUUGCUGAAGACACGCUACAGGCUGGUCCACUUUGUGGCCGUGUCGGUGUGUCUGCUGGGGGUGGGGGCCAUGGUGGGGGCGGACAUUCAGGCCGGAAGAGACCAAGGAUCCACCCGGGACGUGAUGCUGGGUGACGGUCUGGUUCUCGUCAGUGCCGUCCUGUAUGCGGUUUCCAACGUGUGUCAAGAGCACACGGUGAAGAACCUGAGCCGGAUCGAGUUCCUGGGCAUGAUGGGUCUGUUCGGGACCCUCAUCAGCGGCAUUCAGCUAGUUGUACUGGAGAUUCCUGCAGUAAGAGCAAUAAAGUGGGACCUUCGGAUCUCCGUCCUGUUUGCAGUCUACGCCCUGUGCAUGUACGCCCUGUACAGCUUCAUGCCUGUGGUGGUGAAGAUGACCAGCGCUACUGCCGUCAACCUGUCCCUGCUCACCGCCGACCUCUUCAGCCUCUUCUGUGGCCUCUUUCUCUUCCACUAUAAAUUUUCACUCCUGUACAUCAUCUCGUUCGUGGUCAUCACUGUGGGUUUCAUCAUGUUCAACGCUAUUCCCACCUACACGGCUCUACCGGAGGACGACCCCGCGGAUCCCCCCCCCGGGGGCCCCUCCGACCAGCUGCUGGCAGCCGACACAGACUCUGAGAGUAACGAGACGAUCACCGCCGUCGCUGCGCUAUGACGCAAACUGACUGCAACAGAACAAGGGCUUUUAUUUUGGAAGACAAACGCAGCUAGACUGCAACACUGAGAUGUGUCAGAGUGAGAAGAUUAUUUUUAUACCAUUGCUCAGUGGACGAACAUCGGCUCUAACGUUUAGAUUAUUACAGAAGUGCACGUUUUCUUGUACUUCAGACAUCGCAUGUCUUCCACAGCAGUUACCACUGACACAUUAUGAAUUGUUAUUUAUGCUGUUUUAUAGAUCCUCUGUUACUGCCUCCAUGUGGACGUGUUAAACACAAUCACUAUGUCCGGUCACUGGUAUUUUUUGUCUCUAAACUGAUUGGCGAUUUGUCUUGUUUCUCCAUUUUUAACAUUAAUAUAUUUGAUAUUUUAUCUGAUGGGUUGAAGCCUCACUCCAAAGCCGAUAAACCUUUUGACUCCCUCUGGAGACAUCGAGAGCCCCAUCAGCCAAAUGUAAAGAAAAGAGGGCGCUCACUCGAAAACCCAUCAGAGAUCUAAUUUGUGCAAACAAGGGAUUUUAACAUCUACUCAGAACUGUGCUGUUACAUUCAAUUGUUUUAUGACUGUUUUUUUUUUUUAAAUCUGAACACAAACUACUAACAAAGCUUCAUUUUAUUUCUGUUAAGCUUUCAGCAGUUAGACUUUAAGCAUGGAUUUCAUUGUCCUUUGCCUUGUAUCGCUAAGAGUUAAACACAUCUGCCUGCACCAGAUGUUUUUAUCUAUUUAUUUUAUACUUAAAAUCCAUUUUUACAUUUCAUAUUUAAUGAGCUUGUUUGUUUAUUCGGUAUAAAGCUUCAAAUAAAACUCAUCGAUCAGCUUGG